CCGCUUCAGUUUGUCAGCGAGAGCCGUCGAGAGCAGUCGACAGAGAUCUAGGAUCGCAGCAGUAUCUUGUAUUUUCCCGAGCCCACGAGCCCACCAACCGACGAACCCAACCAUGCUCAAAUGGACCGCCUCGGCCCAGCGCCUGAACGAGCUGCCCGCAGCGGAGGAGAUCCAGCAUCCCAGCCAGACCCGGAGACUGCAGCGCCGGCAGCGGCGCGAGCGCAGGGCCACGAUAGCCAACAAGGAGAACGUGUUGGGGCUGGACUACGGCUACACCUCCACCCCAGUGCCGGCGGUGGUGCGGCUGAGGAACAGUCCCCUGGUCCUGGCCCCGCUCAGCGACAUACGCAACGUGACGCCAGAGCCGCGCUCCGCCUCGCCCCAUCUGCGACAGCAGCCGCAAUACCAGCGCGUGCAGAGCGUCCACUAUGCCAGCACGCUGCCCCGCUAUGCGGAGGAGUACUCCCCCAAUGCCGCGAGCCUGCUGCCCAGCGGCCAGCACCUGGCCAUGCGGGGACUGGCGCCCCUGGAUCCCUUCCUGGAGCAACCCCGCUACAUUUCGGCUGCAGGGAACAACCAGCAGCAGCAGCAGCAGCAGAAGCUGAAGAAGCGCAAACUGGAGGCGGACUUUGUGGCCACCAUGGAGGUGCCGCCGGCUACGGUCCAGCCUGCUCCACAGCGCCCGGUCACACCGCAGCCGCCCUCCUCCGCCCAGCUGGGUGACCAGACCCUGGACAAGCUGAUCGACGCCAUCCUGGACUCCGCCUGCAAGGCCGAUGCCAGCGCCAAGAAAAAGCCGCGCCGCUCCACCUUCAAUCUGCGGCGCCGCACCCUGGUCAAACAGCAGCUGGAGUCGGACGGCGUCGUGAUGCUGUCGCCCUCCUACGCCGCUGGCGACGAUCCGGCCAGCGACCUGAGCUUCGGCACCCUACCGCUGCCGCUCGGCCUGCCCCUGACCCUGGUCCCCACCCCGGAGCCAGCCUCGCCAGUGACGAAGCUGCCACGACACGUGCUCCUCCAGAUGCCCACGCCCACGCCCACACCCACGCCUGCUCCAGCACCCGUUCCUGUUCCUCCCACUGUGGGGGCGGACACCACCUUCUGCCUGGAGACGCCGGUGAGGAGGCUGAAGCGCGGCAGGGAGGCCCAGCCGGCGUCGCUGGUGGCCAAGGAGUCGCCGCUGAAGCGCUACAAGGUCGACGAGCGCAACUACUUCGAGGUGGGCCUGGCCCUGCCCUCAUCCAUAUAUGUCUAAAGAGAGAUAAUGAGGAGAAAGCCGACGCUGACAAACGGGGGAAAAACGCUUAACCAUGAC